AUGGAAUAUGAGAGCAGAGCAGUGGUAAUAGCUUCUUUUCGCGUCGGGAAGAAGCCUGCGGAAGUGAUGGCCUGGUUUGGGUUCAAGAGGAACUUUGUCAUGGAUAUUUGGAGGAAGUGGAAGGCAUUUGAGAACAAGGACGAGUUUACUGCCAAACGAAAGACCCACAACGUUUGUUCUUCGACCGGUAGGACAGACGAGUUCGUCGCCGCCGUCAAGGAGACAGUCGACAAUGAUGGAAGCCAGAGCUACGCCAAGAUCGCCGCUGACAUGGGCCGUCACAAGUCGACGAUCUGCCAAACGAUCAAGAGGGUCAUUGGUUACUCCUCUUACCGCAAGUCUCAACCUCUGCUCAUCACGAAUGCUUCCAAUGAGUCGAGGAAGGUCAAGACAGCGUCUUUGCUGACCGAGUUCAAUCACGGGUCCGCUGUGAUGCUAAGGUUCUUCUCUGAUGAAAAGAAUUUCAUCCAGGACCAGACGAGCAACAGGCAGUUGGAUCCCGUCGUGAAGCAUACGAAGUUUCCCUCCUCCGUCAUGGUCCUAUGGCGUCAUUUCCAGCAAGGGGGACGUCAUGCCUCCGUUCUUCUUUCGAAAGGGUCUGAGAGUCACCGCUAA